AUCGCGAGUACGGUGCAGACUGAAAUGUACUUGAGUUACUAUCCAUAAGGCAUAAGUACUUGAUGCCAAACAGCGGCAAACGCCGAUUGCUUAUCACAGUAACUGUUAUCAGUUCUUGGAUUUAUCAGCUGAUUGUCGGAUACCUGUAAACUGUUGCUGGAGCAUCUCAUUCAAUAAAUCGCAGCUGAACAAGAUAACACCGCCAUCCAUAAGAAAAUGAACGGCAACAUGGAUCGAAAGAGCAUGGAUCUUGGUGGCAGUCCUGAACUGGAUCGCAAAGUCGAAGAAUGGCUCGCUUGGGAUCAAAAUGCAGCAACGCGAAAGGAAAUUACCGCUCUGGUGGAAGCCAAACGUUUUGAUGAGUUGGAAGGACGACUCGGGCAGCGGCUGGCUUUUGGCACUGCAGGUCUGCGUGGAAGCAUGAGCGCUGGAUUCAACCACAUGAACGACUUGGUGAUUAUCCAAACAACACAGGGAAUGGUUAAAUAUCUGCUGAAAACAAAACCCGAAAUUCAGAAACACGGUGUUGUUAUCGGCUUUGAUAAUCGACAUAAUAGCGAUCGAUUUGCGAAGUUGGCCGCGGCAGUUUUUAUCUCCCAGUCAGUACCCGUGUAUCUGUUUUCCAAGAUCUGCCCGACACCGUUUGUGCCGUUUGCGGUGUUAAAUCUGAAAUGCAGCUGCGGCAUUAUGAUUACGGCAUCGCAUAAUCCCAAGCAGGAUAACGGGUACAAGGUGUACUGGGACAAUGGAGCCCAGAUCACCUCUCCGCAUGAUAAGGGAAUUGCUGCUGCCAUCGAGGAGAAUUUAGCGCCAUGGCCUGCAUCGUGGGAUAUUCCUUCUCAGCAUUCGUUGCUCACUGAUCCAUUGGACAAAAUCAUGGCAGCUUAUUUGGAGUCCGUGAAAACACUUUCGCUCUAUAGUGACAACAAUGCGAAGUCGACAAUGAAGUUCGUUUACACUCCGAUGCACGGUGUAGGACAUUCGUACGUCGAAGCAGCCACCAAGGCAUUCCGUCUGCCACUGUUUAUCCCUGUCGAAGAACAGAAAAACCCGGAUCCUGAGUUCCCCACAGUGGAAUAUCCUAACCCAGAAGAAGGGAAGAGUUCCUUGGAUUUGGCGGUUGUGACAGCAGAGCAGCAUGGUUCCUCAGUCAUUCUUGCUAAUGAUCCCGAUGCCGAUCGUUUCGCACUGGCGGAAAAGCAACCCGGAAAUUCAUGGAAAAUCUUUUCUGGAAACGAUAUUGGCACCAUGCUUGGUUGGUGGAUGUGGAACAGUUAUUGCAAAGCGCACGAAAACAGCAAAAAAGGAGAUGAAUGUUACAUGAUUGCCAGCACUGUUUCCUCCAAAAUGUUGCGGGCCAUUGCUAAAAUGGAAGGAUUUAACUUUGAGGAAACAUUAACGGGUUUCAAAUGGAUUGCCAAUCGCGCUGAUGAAUUACGGAAAACCGGCAAGACAGUGUUAUUUGGUUUUGAAGAGGCCAUUGGAUUUAUGUGUGGAGAUUUCGUUUUGGACAAAGACGGGAUUUCGGCCUGCAUGGUGGCUGCCGAAAUGAUUGUGCAUUUAUAUUCCACCGGAAUGACGAUUGCCAAGUUUCUGGAGUCUCUGCAUAUUAAGUAUGGACAUCACGUCACGAAUAAUUCUUAUUUCCUGUGUUACCAUCCUCCUACAAUCGAAGCUAUAUUCAAGCGCCUCAGAAAUUUCAACGGGACUAACGGAUAUCCAAAAGUGUGUGGACGUUUUCACGUGAGCGGUGUGCGGGACUUAACAGCCGGUUAUGACAGCGCUCAACCUGACGGCAGACCUAUUCUACCGGUCAGUAAAUCCAGUCAGAUGAUCACGUUUACAUUCGAAGAAGGGAUCGUUGCAACGUUGCGUACGAGUGGCACCGAACCGAAGUUGAAAUAUUACACAGAAAUUUGUGGUCAGCCAGGAUCGGGAAGUCGAGAGGAAUAUGAAAAGACACUUGGCGAACUGGUACAAUCGAUGAUUUCGGAAUUCUUGGAGCCUGAGAAAAACAACAUUCAUCCUAAAAAAGACUAAAACGUUCCCGGUUUCAGUUCUUAAAAGUUGCGUAAAGGUUGCCGAUUCACCAUUGAUUUAGCUAUUCUGUGAUCUGGUGUUGUCAAACCUCUGCUGGGAAAAUGGACUUUAGAUAUUGGAUGUUCCUCGAGCUGUGACGAAAAUGGGGUGUAGUUAUAAUUUAUUUAUUUAAGUGUCUGUUUCUUUUUGGUGGAGUUUUAUAUUUUACUUGGACUUGUUGAGCUGGUAGCAUGGUUUGAGAGAAUUGUAGUACACCUGCAGUUUCCGCAGUAAGCCUGAACAAAACAGAACUAUUAAAAAAAACGAUUCUGUUGA